AUGACGGACACAGCCCCAGGAGCUGCUUUCGACUUUAAACUGUAUCGUUACACACCUUCACUCGCGGCUGCCAUCGUCGGUGCUGUUGUUUUUGCUGUCCUUACCAUCUUGCACACAUGGCGCUUGCGGCGAGUCCGAGCUUACUACUUUAUUCCGUUCACAAUCGGCGGCCUUUUUCAAACGAUCGGUUAUUGUGGAAGGAUUUGGAGCCAUUUUGACAAACUUUCUAUUGGCGGCUUCGUCAUCCAAGCUAUCCUUAUCCUCGUCGCUCCCGCCCUGUACGCCGCCUCGAUCUAUAUGAUUCUCGGUCGCUUGAUUCGAACCGUUGGCGGAGAAAGGCUCUCUCUUAUUCCGGUGCGAUGGGUCACUCGAAUUUUCGUUGCCGGAGACGUGAUUGCCUUUGGGCUUCAAGCCGGAGGUGGUGGCAUUCAGUCCGCAGGAACCCUACAACUUUACGAGACCGGCGAGAAGGUCAUUAUCGGGGGGUUAUUCGUCCAGAUUUUUGUAUUUGGGUUUUUCGUAUUUACUUCGGUGCUCUUUCACCGUCGACUUCACCGAAACCCAACGACCGAAACAAUGCAAGGCGUCGUCCCUUGGAGGCGAUAUCUCUACAUUCUCUAUGCAUCCAGCAUGUUAAUCCUGGUUCGCAGCAUCUUUCGAGUGAUUGAGUACCUUCAAGGGAACGGCGGUUACCUCAUCUCGCACGAGAUUUUCCUCUACAUUUUCGACGCUCUGCUUAUGGCUAUUGUUAUGGGCAUGAUCUUGAUUUGGUAUGUUGGGCAUCAUCAACCUCUGAAGAAUCCCUCAAAUUCGGACCAGGAGAUGUCGUCAUGCUCAAGUGAUCGCAAGAUGGACCGGCGUGGGGAGCGUGGGGAGCGUGGGGAGCGUCGCUAG